GUCGUCUCGCGGUGCUGUAAAUUCAUUCCAUGGAGAACGACGCAAGUGUUCCUAAACAGAGAACCAUGGUGCAAGCCAAAGUAUGGAUCCUUCGCAAGCACUUCGAUGGCUUCCCCAAAGAUAGCGAUUUUGAGCUGAAGGAGGAACAGCUACCUGAGCCCAAGGAUGGAGAGAUACUGCUGGAGGCUGUGUUUCUCAGCGUAGACCCUUACAUGAGGCCUUUCAGCCGCGUGCGAAUGCAGGAGGGAGAUGUGAUGAUCGGAACACAAGUGGCCAAGUAAGAGCACAAAC